AUGUCCCUCUUAACUUGCAGCGGCCUGGGUCGUGGCCUCCAGAGCCUGCCCACCGCCACAGGCUCGUCCCUGCGUUCGCACCGCCUGGCAGCGAAAUCCCACAGAGGCCUCGUCCGCUCCCUUCACACCCAGUACCUCCGCGAUAGACGGGCCUUGGUCCCCUCCGUCGUCCAGAGCCGCAGCGCCGCUCGCACCGGCAACCACUUCGCACACGCCCUCGGUCCUGCGGCCGGCAGACUGAGCAAUGGUUCCCUCCGCCGCUCGUAUGCAUCGGCCGCUGCUGAGAUCGUCGACACCGAGUUCCUGGUGGUAGGCGCCGGGCCAGCAGGAGCAGGCCUGGCGUGUUUCCUGACGAGCCAUGGUCUGAAGGGAAUCAUGAUCAGCACCGCCCCAGGGACAGCCAACACCCCCCGCGCGCACAUCACCAACAUGGCAGCAUUAGAAUGUUUAAGAGACAUCGGACUUGACAAGGAACUGGAAGACCUUUCCUCCAAGGGUCACUGCAUGAUUCACACCCGUUGGUGCCACAGUAUGGCAGGCGAGGAAUAUGCGCGCAUCCACUCGUGGGGCAACGCACCGAACAGAAAGGGCGACUACGAACUCGCCAGCCCGUGUUCGCCGGUAGAUCUGCCGCAGACGCUGCUCGAGCCUGCUCUGGUGCGCCAUGCCAUCUUGAACGGCUUCAAAACGCGAUUCAACACCACCCUCAAAUCGUUCGAAGAAGACCCAGACACCGGGCUGAUCACAGUGCACGUGCACGACAACAUCUCGAAGGUGGACUAUUCCAUCCGCACCAAGUACCUGUUCGGCGCCGAUGGGGCACGCAGCCAGAUCGUCAAACAGCUCGAUCUCCCGCUGUCGGUCAAGCCCGGCCAAGGCAUGGCCAUCAACGUGCUAGUGAAGGCGGACCUGUCUCACCUGGUCGAGCACCGCCGCGGCAAUCUGCACUGGGUCAUGCAGCCCGACAAGGAACACCCGGCGUUCGGCUGGAUGGGCAUCGUGCGCAUGGUGAAGCCUUGGAAUGAGUGGAUGUUCAUCUUGUUUCCCACCCGAGACACCGACCCGCAAAUCUCGCCGUCCAAGGAAGAAUAUCUGGCCCGCGUGCGCGACUUCAUCGGGGACGACACCCCCGCCGAGAUCAUCGACGUGUCCAAGUGGUUCAUCAACGAGAUUGUGGCCGAGAAGUACUCUGAAAGGAACAUCUUCUGCCUUGGAGAUGCGGUGCACCGACACCCUCCCAUGAACGGUCUGGGAUCCAACACCUGCAUCCAAGACGCCUUCAACCUGGCAUGGAAGGUGGCCUAUGUACACAAGGGCCUGGCGCCACCAUCGUUGCUGUCGAGUUACAGCAUCGAGCGACAGCCCGUGGGCCGCUCCAUCAUCACGCGGGCCAACGACGGCUUCCGGGACCAUUUCCACGUCUGGGAGUCCUUGGGUACACUGCCGGAGAACGUGGAGGACCGACGCAAAAUCUUGGAGGAGCUGCAAGCCCCAACCGCUGCGGGUGUAGCCCGCCGCAAGAAGUUCCAGGAAGCCAUCACGCGCACCUCGCACGAGUUCCACGGCCUGGGCAUCGAGAUGAACCAAGUAUACGCCGGCCCAGGCAUCUACACCGCCGACGAGCCUGAACCCUACAAACGACCUGGCCGCGCCGCAGAGGAUGACGUGCUAUACUACGAGCCCAGCACGUAUCCCGGCAGCCGGCUGCCGCACGUCUGGCUGAACAAGACUGUACCCACCGACCCCAUGUCGACCAUCGACCUCGCUGGCCACGGCGCCUUCUCGCUAUUCACGGGCAUUGGAGGUGACCACUGGAAGCAAGCGGCGAAGCAACUGUCGGCCGAGUUGGGUGUGCCCAUCAACGUGCAUAGCAUCGGUUUCCGACAGGAGUGGGAAGACGUCUAUUUCGACUGGACGCGACUACGCGGCGUGGAGGAGUCGGGCGCAGUGUUGGUCCGACCCGAUCGCUUUGUCGCCUGGAGAGCGCCAGAGGUGCUGGAGAGUGCUGGGGCCUGCGAGGCCAAACUGGGCCAGGUGCUACGCUCUGUGCUAGGCCACAAAACCACCUAA